AUGGAUUCGACAUUUGUUCCAGCUCCCGCUCCACACAUCGCCGACUAUAUCGUUAUAGCCAUUUUCCUCUGUGUCUGUAUAGGAAUCGGUGUUUACUAUGGUUACCAGACCAACAAGAACCCGACACUGGAGAAUUAUUUCUUUGGAAACCGUCGUCUGCGUGUCCUGCCAGUGACUAUGUCCAUUUUUGUAACGUUUGUUUCUGCGAUAUCGGUAAUGGGUCUUCCAGCCGAGAUAUACGAGUUUGGAAUUCGAGCUAUUUAUGGAGGCGUGGCUCACGUGUUGUCUUUAUUUAUAGCUAAUAUUACUGUUGUCCCUCUACUCUACCCACUAAAAUUGACCAGUACUUAUGAGUACCUACAACUACGAUAUAAUUCCAAAGGUGUUCGUCUCAUGGGGAUGGCAAUUGGAAUGCUUCACACGGUGAUUUACAUGGGGAUCACUCUAUAUGCUCCAGCAUCAGCUCUUGAAAUUGUUGCUGGAAUACCAAUUUGGGUUUCGAUUGUCAUCUUUGGAUUUAUCUGUACUAUAUACACUACAAUCGGAGGAAUCAAGAGUGUGGUAUGGACGGACGCCUUUCAGUGUGUUAUAAUGUUCAUUGGAAUAAUGGCUGUUUUAAUAAAGGGCACCAUCCUGAUAGGACCGAGUCACUCUAUUUUCAGAAUCGCAAACGAGGGAAGGAGACUUGAGUUUUCUAACUUCGACCCAGACCCCAGGAUUCGUUACAGUAACUGGAGUUUGUGGAUAGGCUAUGUGUUUAUGUUUCUUCCAAACUGGUGCAACCAAGCUAGUGUCCAGCGGUUUUCUUCUCUACGGAGUCUUAAAUCAGCUUACUUGGCAUUUUGGUUGCUUUGUCCGGUUUGUCUGAUUUUCUACGCCGUCAUUGGAUACUUGGGGAUCAUAGUUUACUCAUACUAUAAUGUAUUGAAAUGUGAUCCGCUUCAAGGAGGAUUUAUCUCAAACAUCAACCAGUUGAUACCGUAUUUCGUACUUGAUGUCAUGCGAUCCCUCCCGGGAUUUUCUGGUGUCUUUAUCAGCUGUUUGUUGAGUGGAACACUAAGUACAUUUUCGUCGGGUAUCAAUGCUUUAGCUGCCAAUACCGUGGAGGAUAUUCUUGGUGACUGUGUAAAAGACACCAAAAUACUUUCAAAGACGCUUGUAGCAAAGUUAUUUGUGGUGUUAUAUGGCUUGGCGGUCAUUGGGCUAGCAUACGCUAUCAACUUCAUGCCAGGAUCAGUGAUUCAGACGACGGGGAUUGUUUUUGGCGCCUGUGGAGGACCUUUGGCAGGGCUUUUCUAUCUUGGCGGAAUGACAACGAAAGCAAACUGGAUAGGAGCGCUUGCCGGCAGUGUGACAGCUUUUGUCUUCAAUAUUUGGAUUAUAGUGGGUGCACAGUUAUACGGGAACAGUCCAUUAUAUUUAAAAUUCAACCCUACGAGCCAAUGCCUUCCCGACAAUCGUACAGUCACGGUGGGACAUUUGUCAGCUUACAUCUACAACAGUACGAUUGCCACGACUUCGUAUGAUACAACUGGAGACUUCAGCCAAUCAACAGACACUCUAAUCACAUCUGAUGAAGGGUUUUUCCUGUACGAUGUGUCCUUUCUCUGGUACGCUUUCAUUGGAUUCUUCCUCACUUUGAUUGUCGGCAUCGUCGUCAGCUUAUGUACAGGUGGUGACCGAGGGAAAGUUGUGGAGGCCUGUUUGAUCUUCCCUGUCUGUAGAAAACUGUUUCGUCUCAAACUUGAUUUUACAUAUCAGUUGACAGAGACAGAAAACAAGUCAACACCGGGACAAACGACGGUUUCUCAUGAGAACAAAGACCGGGGAACAUCUGUGCUGUAA